AUGUCGCACUGCCACGACGAACACGAAGGUCAUGGCCACGGUCACGGCCAUGCGCACGGCGCCCACGACCAUUCAGACGACAUUACGCCAGCUCUGCAAAACAGCCUCUACAGACAGAUCGACUUUGACGCCAUCAACACUCUGAACGAGAGCGCCUCGGGUUCUGGAAGCAACAUCUGCAAAAAGACAUGGGACGAGCGAUUGAACCCCGAGCCUGAGCUCUGCAGCGAUGCCGAUGAGCAAUUGCUGAUGCAUAUCCCGUACGCCAUCUACCACCCUCUCCAGACCUUUGUGCUAACAUAUCCAUGCACAAAGNNCUUUACCGCCCAGAUUCGCCUACACUCCAUUAUGAUCCGCACAUCCACGACCGACUCAGCACCUCUGACCCUCAAACUCUUCAUCAACCGCGACGACCUCGACUUCAGCACCGCCUCGGAGGUCCAGCCAACCCAGACCCUGUCGCUGUCGCAAACCAACGAUAUUCAAGAAGUUCCUGUCAAGCGUGCUCUGUUCAACACGGUGCGCUCGUUAGAUCUGUUCUUCGAAGACAACUGGGGAAGAGGCGAUGAGGACGAGACACGCAUUUCUUAUCUGGGCUUCAAGGGUGAGUGGAUGGCUUUGAACCGUGAGCCCAUCAAUUUCGUCUACGAAGCUGCUGCCAACCCGAGUGAUCACAAGAUGGUUUCUGGCGUCAGGGGUGAAGUGGGCAGCCGUCUGGGAGGAGCGGGUGGUCGAGGCAAUGGCAUGUAA